AUGGUGAGGAAGAGAAAAAACAGUGACCAGGGAGAAGAAGAGAGAGAGACUGGUAAUAAUGGGGACAUGGAUUGGCAGCAGAUGAUGAAUGAGGCUGCAGCCUUGGCAGCUCGACGAGCCCGGAAACGCUACGUUGGGGUGCGGCAACGGCUAUGGUGGGUGGCUGAGAUAAAAGACACCAUUCAGAAGAUAAGAGUAUGGUUGGGCACAUUUGACACUGCUGAAGAAGCUGCUAGAGCUUAUGAUGAGGCUGCUUGCUUGCUCCGUGGAGCCAAUACUCGAACAAAUUUUUGUCAAUGUCCUCCUCCGUCUAAUUCAUCGCCAGUUCUUCCUUCUAAGAUCACCAAUCUUCUCCUUCAACAGCUUAAAGCUCAUAACAACACGCUCCACGAUCAUAACCAACAGAAUCAAGAACUAACAGAAGUACAAGAUACACAAUUCGUUAAUUUUGUUGACAUGUCCAACGCCACCAUUCACGAAAACAGUGAUUUGGGUGCUAACAUCAGCAACAUUAGCAGUACCAGUGAUUGCCUGACCACUAGUAUCGAAUCAAGUGUCAUUGGGAAGGAAGUUGAAUCAUCUGGUUACUGUUUGCCAUUUGAGAUUGCAGAAGAGAUGAUAGAGCCAAUUGAACAGGAAAAUGAUGGCGAAGAGCCAUCGAUGCUUACAGAGGUCAUGAAGAGGAUGAGAUAUGAACGCAAAUUCUCAGCUUCACUUUAUGCAAUCAAUGGGAUAUCAGAGUGUCUAAGGAUGAAACUUGAAUCAGGAAAUGGGAAGGGAACAACGAGGUUCAAAGAGUUUCCCAACAUUGGUAUCCACUGCAGUAAAGAUCAAGAGGAAAACAAAAAACAAGAAAAUGAAUGUGUCCAACAGUUUGUGGAUGCAGUUGAAUCAUCUGGUUACUGUUUGCCAUUUGAGAUUGUAGAAGAGAUGAUAGAGCCAAUUGAACAGGAAAAUGAUGGCGAAGAGCCAUCGAUGCUUACAGAGGUCAUGAAGAGGAUGAGAUAUGAACGCAAAUUCUCAGCUUCACUUUAUGCAAUCAAUGGGAUAUCAGAGUGUCUAAGGAUGAAACUUGAAUCAGGAAAUGGGAAGGGAACAACGAGGUUCAAAGAGUUUCCCAACAUUGGUAUCCACUGCAGUAAAGAUCAAGAGGAAAACAAAAAACAAGAAAAUGAAUGUGUCCAACAGGGAGUAAUCAGGAUAUGUUAA